AUGCGCAUGCUGGAAUCCCAGUACCAUGUGAUCAUGGCUCUCCAGCAUCCAGUGGGGACUGCAUUACGAAUGUUGCCUGAGAAAGCGCAGAGCGACGACGAGGAUACGGGCCCGGACGUGGCCGUAACCGUCGACGCCGGCCGGGAUGGAUUCAUGGACGAAUUCUUUGCCCAG